GUGCGCCAGUGUCCAGUGGGCGCCGUCAGCGCGCGCAGACGUCGCCGUCUCCCGCGCUUGUCCCGCGCGAGCACGCGGUCGCCGCACCCGCCGCCGGUGUCAGCUGUUGCAGUGCCACGCUUCCUUCCUCUUUGCCAAGCGGACGCACCAUCCCCCUGCACCGAUCUUCCUCGCCGCUGCUGCUAGUGGGAUACCGCACCUCUGCCAACUGGGCGCUUUCUCGCAAAAGUACACAUAGCCGCAAAUCAGCCAGGCCGUCCCCAACGUGACGCACCGUCUGGAGCGGUGCGCGACGCCUCCUCUGAGUCCCCCCACCCUGAAGCAAGCAAACUCAGAGACCCCAGCCAUCUGUGAAGUGAUCUGGACAUCGAUCUUGCUGAGCGUCCAGACAGUCGCUCGACUCCGGCACGCCUCUGCAAGUCGUCAAGCGCCAACCGCUGCUGAGUACGCGCCGUCCACCCGCAGGUUCACUGAGCUUCCGCUGCCGCCAAUCGCCACCUCGAAGACUCACCUAAAGAGAGGCCCGGUGUACAACAGUGAGGCCACGCUGACCAUUUCGACACGGCGAGGUUUUUACCGGAAGUCACGAAAAACCGGAAGCUGUUCCGGAUAAACGGCGCCGCCGCAACUGGCUUUGCUAUAAGAAAGCUGCAGUCGCUGGAGGGAGAAAGUGACAGAGUUCGAUAACCACAGCAAGCUUUGACACCCGCACAAUCGAGCUUUGUUUCCCACUGCAGCAGAGAGUCACGCUGCUGAAGAUUGCUUGUACGACGACAAUCGGUGGGCGCCAUGAACCUGAGCAGCGUGGGCGAGCUGAACCUGACGCUGUACUCGGGCGCCUUCAACUUCAGCCUGGGCCGGGCGCUGGACAUCCUUCAGCAGCACUAUCGCAGCGACCGCGUCUUCUCCGGCUCCACCGAGGCCGGCAUCGUGGCCGCGUACGUGUUCCUCAUAACUUCGGGCGUCUUCUGCAACCUACUCGUGUCCGGCGUGAUCCUGUCGCACGCCAAGGUGCGCACCAACCGCAACCUGUUCGUGGUCAACCUGAGCGUCUCGGACACGGCGCUGUGCCUCUUCUGCAUGCCCUUCACGGUGUACUCGCUGACGCGCAAGACCUGGCCGCUGGGUGAGCUACUCUGCAAGCUGGUGCCCUGCUUCCAGAGUGCCACCGUCUUCGUGUCGGCGGCCACCGUGUCGGCCAUCGCGUUCGACCGCCACCAGACUGUGGUGGCUGUGAGCGUGCAGCGACCAGAGGACAGCCGCCGACGGGUCGCCUGGUACAUGGCCGCCAUCUGGAUCUUCUCGGUAGCGCUCUCGCUGCCCAUGUGCCUGUCGCAGAGCCUCCAGAAGGUGGGCUUGUCGCGCCGAUACAUGUACGAAAAGUGCGUCGAGCAGUGGCCCUCACCCGGCGCCAAGCAGCUCUACACCCUGGUCACCCUCCUCAUUCAGUUCGUGAUACCCACCACGGCACUCGUGGUCACGCACUUCCGCAUCAAGUCGCACCUGAGCUGCUCGGCCGCCUCGGUGCCGGGAGGCUCGGCCACGGCGCCUGACAAGCGCGGCUACUCGGAGCGCCUGCAACGCGAACUGCGCCGCAACCGGCGCGCCACCAUGGUGCUGCUCAACGUGUCCGUCGUGUUCGCGGUCUCGUGGCUUCCCUGGAAUGCCAUGAACCUGCUGACCGACUUCCACCUGGAGGGCAUCUCCCCGCAGCGGCUCUACCUCAUCUUCGCGGUGUGCCACAUGAUCGCCAUGAGCAGCGCUACCACGAACCCCAUCAUGUACGGCUGGCUCAACACGAACAUUCGCCGCGAGCUGCUGGGCGUGCGCAACCGCGUCGGGCUCGUCUUCAGCACGCUGCGCGCCUCCAACAGCGAGAACAACCUGCACACGUCCAUGGACGACAACAGCCGCACGGCCGUCACUGUCGACAAGAGCCGCUUAUGACGCGUCCCGCUCGGCGACCGGCGGCGCUCGUCGGCCGCGUCGUCGGUGUAGGCGCGGUUGUGAUCCGCCUGCAAGGGACCGCCGGUCACCACGUGUUGCUCCGAUUGUGAGUUGCGCGAAUGCCAAGUGUGUGGCUGCUUUCUGACCGCGUAGAACCCGUCUCGUUCUACAGACGCUGUUAUGUGGCCUACCGGACUCCGCGGCAUCAACUCCGCCGUUGCACAGAGGAACAGCAAAUAGGCGCCCGUCUUUAAUAGGCGCACAGUGUAGCUUCAGAGGUGAUACUAUUGCGUCCCAUGCCACUACUGGCCCAACAAAACGUGAAAAUGGCUCUGUGCAUCGUGUCAUUGGACGCUGUAGACUGUUGUUUCCCUGUUUCUCUCGAGCUUCUAUCCAGCCACCAUUUGCCGUGACCGUCGUCUUUAUACCAAGCACUCGUUUUCGCUGCACCAAGUGCUAGGCGUGUAUACAGCGCCUCUGUGCGCCCAGCCAGUCUCGAUGCUAAGUUGUACCUAUGAAGGAUAAAUAAUCGAACGCGUCAAGUGUCAGUGAUGUACCCACGCACGGAGGGGGAGGGGCUCCAUAACCGAGCAAUUUGCGUGAUAUUGCCACUGUCAAAAACCAUAAGGACACUGCAUAACUUGACUUGUGUCGCUUCAUUGUUCACAAACUCGUCGUCGCAUAUAAAGCCCGCCCACUCAGGAGAAAUUUACAGAUUACGCUGUAGUUUGCUCUGUAUGUACCAUCGUCCUCGUUGUGUCUUUCCUUCAUAUGAAUCGCAUUCAAGGACGAAAAAAGGGAAUCGUAUUGUUAGCAUUGUACACCCAGUUCACGUGUGUAAAGAUGUCAAGGGCUAUUGACUGGUGGCACUUGGGUGGCACCUCAACCCGAUUCGUUAUUGCCAGACACCAAGUGGGCACUCUACCUGACUGCUACGCCUAUAUCGCAGGGCAAGGUUUCUUAAAGGGCAAUUCCGGCGUUUCUUUGACCAUAUUAAGAUAUCGUCAUCUUCAAAUGGCAUUGACACUCUUGUCACCAGUAGGGUAGUUCAGUUUGCUCAGAAAUUCAUCGACAAUUUUAAAUAACCAGUAAACGAGGUACCGAAACGGGUAGCUGCUUCGUGUGACUUCACGAUGAGUCGACUACCUCAGACCCUACACUACCAUAAUGUAAACACGCAGAACGCGUGCUAAACACGCAGUACACGUGGCGCUAACACCAAAGAAGCGAAGCUGAUGAUGUCUCUUCACGACACAGGGAGCUUUUACAAAUCUUCCGAAAGAGACAGCGGCGAUUUCAGCGACAGUGGCGGUGUAGUCUGUAACGCCACAAACACAGGGUGGCCAGUAAAAAGUCACGAGUCGGGAACACGCCCUCAACCAAUAUUUCAAAUGCAUUUUCAGGAAAACUAUACUACUUGCAGCCAUAUAUUUGGCACAGAUAAUCAGAGUGCAAAAUAAAGUAUAUUUAUAUCAGUGGACAUCUAAAAAGCGUCGGAGUCGCCCUUUAAGCAUGUGGUUACACGUAAAGCUUGCCCUGUUUCGAUGAGUUUGUAUACAUGAUUCCUCAUUUGCCAAUUAGUGGGCUCAAACAACAUUAGCACGCUGCACAGAAACUGCAGCUCUCCUACUACUGAACAGCAGCAAAUGCAAUACAAAUAUUAAAGGAGAAGCAAAACACGCGUUCACUAAAUAAAAACAAUGGAUCGAUGGAAUUAUGGCAAAAGUUUGAUAAAAUGCCUCGAUGUGACCUUUACACUGCGCCUGUAUCACGAAAAAAGAAAAGACACAAGAACUCGGUUUGAUUUUUCUGGAGACGGACGUAGUAUCAUUCUUGUUGUACAACCGCGUAAAGCAGCAGCCACUGGAUCUGUAACGCUCGUAAUGGUGUCGUCGAGAAGUCCUCAACACAGGCUAUAGGUGCGGCAUUGGUACUUGUGGUAGCAGCACGGUCGAGGGCGUAUUUUGAGCCCAGUCUUUGAGCACCGAGGAAUAGCGUCUUUGGUCACGUCCGACAUCUCACAUGCUCGCACCUUCGUAACAAAGCGUCCGAGGCGCAGGAGACAUCUGCUGCGUGUGGUCGGCGACUCGCGCAUAACGGACGCACGCGACCGCCGCGUGCGCGCGCGCUCCCACACUUCCACACGCGCGCAUCACCCAUUGUCCAAAGUUCGUUCUUUGUGCCGCUUACUUCCGUGCUUUCACGCGACAGGAACAAGCACGCACAGAGCCGACGCCGCAAUGGCGUGGGCGCGUUAGCGACAGGCGCGCCUGCCCUGCGCGGAACCAUCGGCAGAGUGCGUAAAUUGAAGUACGUGCGGGACGCGUCAUGGACUCGGGCUUAGUAUACGCUUCGCGUGGGUCUUGCCGAGCCCCUCUUUUUUUUCUGUUCUUUAAUUUUUCGCUCUCUUUUUUUUCACCCCCACGUCAUUUCGUCGGGCGGUAAAAUAUAUAAAGAGGAGCUCGCUCGCAGCUCAAGCUGUGCGCCUUUGCGUCAGCCCUAAAUUAUCGUGGAUGUUUGUUCAGCAUCGAUGUAUACCAAAAUUUCCUGCUUGUUUUUUUUUUUGUUCGGGGGUGAAGCGCAACGAGCUUCUUUUCGCGGCUUCGACGUAUCUAAGCUUGGCUGGAAUUGGAUGUGGCGUGGACGAAAUACCUCCCGCUGAGGCGAAGUUUCGCACAACGUUUCGCGCUAGUCUCCCAUGUUUGCAUACUUUCGGCACUCAGAGUGACAAUUAUUUAAAUUAGCCGCUAGCGGCAGUUUACGGUUACGUUAGAGUUCCUAAAGAAUGCCUUGUUCAUUCGUGUAUAUUUGACGCACCUUCUUUUUUAUAACUGUGCGCGACUCACGCGAUAGACGCUUCAACUGUAGUACUGCACCCCUACAUGCCGUAGAACUUUGACGUUGUCGAAUCGAGCGUAAAACUAAAAAAUAAAAAAAAUAAAGGCCUCAGUUUGGAGUUUUCGGAAAGCUACCCACUUUAGUGACUCUCUAUAAAUGCCAGCCUAACAACCACGUGUAUGUGGAGAUUUGACCAUGAUAAUGCAAUAAAGCAGUCGCUCCCUUGCUAGUCUCCUAGUGUCAGCGGUCAGACAAAUUACACAAACGUCAUGAAAGCGCAACAUUUCUGCCCCGAAAGUGGAAUGACACCAUUCUCGACGGCUUCCACCACAUGUGGAGGCAAACCUACAAUACGUAUCAGAAAAACUAGAAGUUCGGAUGCAUAAGGGCCACCGAGAGUAACUGACUGUUCAUUUCUCCCACUUAUUAUAAUUUUAAAUGAUGUUGUAAGAUUUCAAUCGUCCAACAAGAAGAAAUGACAUCGUAUAAAAUGUAAAGUAGUAAUUUUACUAUCCCCCUUGCAUCAAUACAUUUCAUUAAUCGUCAACUUUACGAUUGCUGUCACCUAACGCAAAAAUAUUGCGGCCUCUUGGCUUUGAGCUAUAGGCAAAAUAAAUGCCAAAGAAUAAAUAAAGACAGCGAAAUGGAGAAUAACACGCAGCACGAACCAGAAGGGACAAAAUAGAACAGUUGUUGUAGACUAUUAGCCGAAGCUUGUCUACAUUUUUUGCACUUAGUAAGCAUACCUUGCACAGAGCGUUAUCACCGUACUUCAUGCCUCGAGAAAGGGUUGCUUCUCAAAACGUUAAGAGCCUUCUCGGCAAACGCAAUACCGCGCACUUCUCGUUACAAUGCUAUCACACUAAAAAGACUGCAUACCGUGUUUCAAUGCAAAUGUGAUAAAAUAAAUAGUUCAUUGGACUCUAAACGUCUGUGCACUCGUGUGUGCGCCUCACAUAGAAACAAUAAUAAAGAUUGCCUCUCAGGGUGUUAAGUUCCCACGUAAUUGAAGCUCUCUUCAGUCCAGGGAGUUGCAGAACAAAUUCUCGCACAUAAGGCAAUGCUAUGGCAUUAUUUUUAAUGAUACUACCAUAAUGUCAAAUCGACACCCUAGAAAUGAUUUGCUGAUUUUCAUUAUUAUAUUUAGAAUAUAUCCUUUCAUUUCUUUCUUCUUGCUCUUGCGUUCAACAUUUCACAACUAUUCGUACACGCACAUAGUCGGAAGUGUAAACACGCAUGUCAUGGGUAUAAAAAAGCAAUUUACGGGCGCAUGUAAAUAUCGUUGCAUAUUCGCAGCUUUCCGCGAUAUAAACAAAAUAGGACGUUGCAGGUAGGGCGUAUAUGUGGUUCUAUAUUUUAUGUAAAAGUUUCAUUAAGAUUUUCACCUGCAAGGACAGGUUAAGUAUGGCACAUGUUUUCUUCUCCUCAGUUUUAACGCUGUGAUCUGACUUUUACGCAAGGGAGGUGUUUUUUUUUUCUCACAUCAUGAAGUGUGAUGUGCUAUUUUGGUUUGCCUUAUGCACACAGUUCAGUCCAUCUUGGCACGUCUUAAGCUGGAAUCCGUGUAUCUCCUUGUGUCAGCUUUACGCAGUGUCCUGUUUUCAAAAGUUUAUUGCUUUUUCUCUUUUAUUAUGGUUAUGACUAUAGGCACACAGCGUCGUUUUGUCCUUUUCCGUCAUGAGAAGACAUAUAGUGUCUGCAUAUUCUUUAGUGGGCAGCUUUCACUAAUUCCAACAGAGGCCUGACUUAAUUUCUAGCGGCACUAACGAGCUGGGUCAACAGACAGUAUACAAUCACACGGACGCGUCGUCCACUCUUUUCACGCGCAAUUCACGCGACGUGCUCAAACGCCUGCGGAGGCGCCGCGUUACCUCACCGAAAGCAAGCGCAGCAGCGUCCGUUUGCGCAUCCAUUUCCACCGCUUUUUUUAUAAGUGCACUACUCACAGGCCUUCCCUCGUCGUGUCGACUGCCACGUGUUGCGUCACCUGCUGUUUUCUCCUUCUGUCACCUAUUUACUCGCGCCAAACUCCUCUCUUGAGCCGGUUUUACUUAGAUACACAUGACGCCAAAGCUUUUGCGUCGCGUCGUGCUGUUGAUAUUUGCUAAAUAGGAAUAGAUUGUCCACGCUGUACCGGGCGCUGUCCGUUCACAGCUGUGUGCUUGGGCGGGAAAGUCAAAUAUGUAAAUAAGGCUGUGUUCAGACACGAAUCAGCGAACUACGUGCGGGCGGGCGAAAGUCCUGCGAGGCGAUAUCGUAGGCUUCCCGCACAGCCCCUGCAGCCACAGAGAAGCGAGCGCUGGUGUCUCUAUGGUCGCAACUUCUCUUUGCCUUCGAGGGCGGCGGCUAACUAAUGUUGGCAAGUGGCGUCAUUGUAGACGUCGCUGCCAAUUAAGUGAUCUCACUUUCUCGCUACGCGCACCAGCUGUGUGUGUGUGUCACUAUUUUUGUACUUUAUUUUUUCAGUAACCUCAGCUGUAUAUACAUUAUAGGCUCCACCAUUUGCGUAUUUACUGUGUCAAAACUAAGCCAGUUCCGGGUAGGGGUCUCCAUUGAGUACCCUUAGUACAGUGUAUAUCCUCACCGCUUCACAUUGCGCAGGCGAUUCAACGCGCAUCCGUAUUCAUGUGGACUCGGCGUGAGUUUGCGGGGCCGUUUGCAUCACAGCUUACUGCUUUUGUCGUCAAGAAGAAAAAAAAAGAUGAAAAAGACUCACGCCACGUGCGCAUCUGUUUUCUUUUUUUCUUUUCUUUUCUAGUAGCGCCUUCACAUCGGUACUUGCGCCACGAAUACAGGAGCGUUCUCAAAUCGUAGGGAAGUUUAUCAUGUACUGUGCGGAUAGCCAAGCUUUAGGUUUGUUUGUUUCUUCUCUUCUUUUGUUCUUACGGAACAUCCGGUUUGGGCCACCGUUGUAGUUAACCCUGCAUGUGCGCGGCUUUUUGUAAGAUUGAGUGCGCGUGAGCCUUGUAUAAGGGCUGCGUUUCCUCCACUUCGCAUAUGAAGUAGGAAGCUGAGCUUCUCGCUGGACUGGUCUCUCCAGCUAGCAGUGAAGCUGUUUGUCUCCCUCCUAUCUCUAACUUGUAACCAAGGUACCCUCCACGUACGGCUGCUCCGAAUGAGCGAACAGAGCGAAAUAAUGGCACGAGCCCAUCGGCGCCCACGGUGUCUGUUCUAGCCCACCAUUUUGUCUGUUCUAGCUCACCAUUUUCGAGAACAGCACCAUCGAAAACGGGUGUCGCCACGUGCCCUAGCAUUCGCCUGCGAUGCCGAGCAUGAGCACUGGUGCAGAAGUUCCAUCUGCAAUAGCAAACUGCAAGCGAAGCAUUUUUCGAGGGCUGAUUGAAUGCAUGUCUUCUUGCGUACGAACCAAACUCUUGCGUAAAUCAACGCGCAUUUUCUGAAAGUCAUACGGCACAGAAGUACAGUAACAUACUGCCAAAUUAAGUAUACACAUUCCCCGCUUCUCCCCCGCCCCUUCCCCAUCGUUUUGUUCUGUACUUCCGGCUUGAAGGACAUCUCAAGUGCUGGGUGCCAUGCAUGCAGGUGAAUAACGAAGUCACGUGUCGCGCUAAAAUCUUCGCCACCGCUUCCCAGACAUUUUCAAACUGCCGCAACCGUCACCGCUGAAUGCGGUUGGCGAACAAAGAAUUUUGUUGGAAUGCGCGUGAAAUUAAGUUCACGAUAUACCGUUGGCUUCUUGCACGAACAUAUAUUGCGGGCGAUUGUACGAUUAGCAGCAAAAUAUUGAAUCAAUUCAGCAUUUAAAUAAAUAAACAUGUAUAUAAAUAAAUAUAGAACCAAAUAAGUGGACACGCCUUGAAAACGUGCUUUUUACAGCCCAAGAACAGGUUGCACACGCGUAGUGCGCGCCGCUCGACGCGCCACUGGUGUCGGCCUUGCGAAGUGCGCUCGGGAAAGGCGACAGCCGCGCGCCGCAGCUUUCUGCGUCAAUGAGCUUGCUUCUCUCUCUUAUUCACGUUUUCAGACCAAAAUAAGCAACACCGUUCGCAUGUGUGUGGUGGCCAAAGCUUCAAGGAAUCUCGAAGAAUUGUUGCACGGUGGUACACUGUAACGGUGGGGUACUCGAAUACCGACAAAAACAUGCCGGCGAUACGGUUCUACUAAUUGCCCGCAAAGCCUCAUCAGCGGGAGCAAAGUUAGCAAUGGGUCGCCGCCGUUCGGCGAGAAAUUUCUUGGGCUCGUGCUUUCUUUUGUCGUGUCGGUAUUUCUUCCACUCGAUCAUAUUUAGACGGGUAAGCGAUGAAGUUGAUGACGGCCUACCCAUGUUUUGUUCGGCUCUUCUGCAGUGCAGCAUGCCGUUUAGAGGCAUUUGGCUAAAGUUCUGAAUGUUGCUUGCCGCUUCUUUACCGCGUUUCGCUAGCUAGGCAGCGCGACUGCACGAGUGCAUCGUGUUGUAUGUUAAAGCUACUGAAGCUUGCAAGAACUGAAAUUGUUCGUUUUAUCCUGCCCGGUAAAUCCUCGCACCAGCUGUCAGGCACUUCAUGUUUUUGCAUCCAUAUUAUACGCGGCUUCGUGCAUGUUAAACUGUUGCUAGUUGCUUCAUGCAGAACUGUUGUUGAUUUUUCUAGGUGCGAGGUUUUCACCCUGCCUCGUUGUAAAGAGUUUAAAUUAUGCUGUGUCUUAUCGGAAUGAUGCAAGGCAAGUGCUUCUUUAACAGCUUUAUUAUUUUCGCCCGAUGGCAUCGUAGAUAUUGUGGCUUCAUGGGAAAUGUGUUAAGAAAAUAGGUAGUUCAGGGCGAGACUUGGUAAUAGUUGCUGCGUAUGGUAUCUUUGUUCCAUUUUCGCUGAAAGUUCGCUUCACGUUUGGGAAGCUAUUACACCUUGAUGCUGUCUGAGCAGACUUACCACGCCGAGUGAUUUGUUUGUUUCACAACGUAGACCCUUGCGUGGGCAUUUUGUACUGAACCGAAUUCUUUCUUAUUAUUCCUACGCCGCCGACGACUAAACCCGGCCUUCCCACCAGCUUUAGUACGUUUCCAAGCAGCUCCCUAAGGGAAUUUAGGAUUGCGAGAAGUGGCGCGGGAACGGCGGUUCAAAGCGCAUGUAAUUGCAUGGACAGUACAACGCUAACUCGCGCUCUUAUUAAACCGCGCGUUUGGUAAGAUCGUUGACUAGUGGACGCAUUUCCAUCAAUAAAUUCGCAAUUACUCUUCUUGAGGCGACUUUGACGGCACUUAUUCAGCGAUGUCAUAUGUAUUCAUUGGCAGAAAGUGCGACAUGUGCAGACAUCGCACCGCGCGGAUUUGUUUGAGAUAUGUCUGCACUAACGACGUGUGUCUAUUAUUGAGGUACAGAAGCAGUAUUGCGGCAACGGUAGAAUCAUAAAAGAAAAACGAUCGAGACAACGCAUUACUCAAAAAAACCUAGCGCCUAGUUAACAUGAGCUCCACUUCGUGUAAAUGGGGUUCAUUGCGUUUGUCUGCGGGACGCACCUGGCACGUAUGUGGACCGGGUUGUCCCAAACACUGUGGUAACAUUGUGGUCAUGCCCGCUCCCAGAGAGGCCAGCGUCUUCGCUGCAGCUGUCACCAUAUAGGAAGCAAUCUGGCACCCUAACAAAAGAGAAAUCGCGGCCGCAAACUUCAGCCAUCCUUGCUGCAAAUGGCUGUCAUCUGCUACUGCUCCCGAGCGUACUGUUUGAAACGCCCGCUAGGUGGCUAUCAGUGGCGCCUCUAUAGGCGGUGCACUACGCGUAUAGACGUCACCACAAUGCAAAAGGAAAGGACGCAUGUAGUAUGCAUCAGCACAAUGUCCCUUUUGUGUAGCAAAGAAUAUCGCAUUUUUGCGAGGAAAGCGCUGCCACAGCUCUUUGUUACGUGAGAGUGCAGGCGAAUUUACUUAGAUGUUUUGUGAAAGGGGAAAUGCAUAUGCCGCUGGUCGCUGGCAUAUGCCGCUGGUCGUUCCAGGAAAAGGUUUUCUUCUGAAUAAUCUCCAGAAAAUUCCAGCCUCUCCCACCCCCAUAGUCAUUUCGCUUCCGCUCGCUUCACUACUCACAUGUUUAGUUUUAUUAAAUAUGUUUUUAUGGUCAAAGUCGCUCAGCGCAUUGCAAAUUGCGUCGCUCGAGCUUCAGGCAAACAAACCUUGACUAACCGGGCAUGCUUUGCUACCUGCAUUUAGGAAGAGUUAAUGGAGCGAUUCACGCCGCCACGCUCUCAGCCAGCGUCCAAAGAAAGCAGUAAAUGAGCGGCAGGCGCGUGAUAUUGCGAGACACACCUGGCAAGAAAGCUGUUUAGUGCAACGCGUUAGCAAACCGUCGCUAAUGGCUCGAGUCGUUCCUUCUAAGUAUUCCAAAUUUUGCUUUGCAUACGUAUCUUCUGUUGGAGACAGCAACAUCCUAAACAAGUCCAGAUAAGCAAAAAAUAAAAAUGAUGCCGCGUGUCAAUUUCUUUUCUUUAAUGCCUUAGAUCAUGUUUUGUGAUAUCUCUUUUUCUUAAGGCGUUCGCACGCCUUCCCGUCAGUUGUGCGUAGCCUCAUUAUAAGUGUUCUGAAGCGCUACAAAAAAAAAUAAAUCGAAGUUGACCGAAUCUCAAGCUUGUGUCUCGAAAAAUGUCGCACCUCUUGCGCAGUGAGGAAUUUGUAUAAGAAAUAAGAGACAGCCCGCACACGAACCGCCGACGUUCAGCCCCUGCCGGCGCGAUGUUGCCAGUCGCAUUAAAACGUCUGGCUUUCUCGCAGGCCUGCAAAAUGCCCGUGAGGCUCCUUUAAUUUUCCUCUCCAAAGUAAGAUUUCGCUUACGAGCACGGCUUGCCGUGCGGUUGCGUCUCAUUUGGCAACUCAUGCCGCGCGAAAGUGUUGCGUUUCCUCUCUCCUAUCAUUUUCUCUCUCUCCCUCUCUCUCUGGAGACGCUGUACCCGACAGCCCGUAACGAAUCUGUCUGAGAAGCCAUCGUCUGUCCCAAUUAACCAAAUAAGUAAAUAAAUAGCCCAAUAAGUUUGUACUCGUGCGCCAGAGUUGAUUGCGUGGUCUUGUGCGCACCGGAAAGAAUAGCUGCAUUUGCAAACUUUCUGGUCGGCGGCUCGUAAUCCUUCAUCCCACUCCUGGAAGCGGUUGCUGCGAAAGCUCCGGGGACCGUUUUAAUUGGCUUGAUGAUGGUAAAACUGGCGGUGACGAAAGCGUAGUUGGCUGCAACCUUCUCCUUACUUUCUCAUGCGCCGGCAGAAAAAAAAAAAGAGUGAAAGAAAAACAAAAGCAGUGAAGGCAGAAACUGUUGCAACGCUACUGUAAUGAAUUCGGCAUUGUUACUCGGAGCAUCAAUAAUCUUAAGAGCUGUGCAAAUGAAGGUAUAGUUCGCAGAAGAAAAAGUUUGAAGUAUUGUUUUCUUGCGUUGGAACUUAAAUAUCAUGCAGAGAAAUUCUGCGCUUGUUGCUUUUAAUGAAGAGGGCUAGGAAAAAACAGAGAAUAAAUGUAGAACAGUUUGAACUGUAAUCAAGGCGUACUACGUGACACUACGGCUUAUGUGACACUCCCGCAGAAAGCAAAGUUGAACUGAAAGCUAGUGCAUAAAGCCUCGUGCCAAUGUUAUUCAAAAUUCACAUACAGGUAAAAUAAACACAACAGGCCCUAUGGGUGAUCUCAUGGGUUGAACGACCAAAGAGUACUAUUUAUAGACAUGUAUUAUUCUAGGCCCUGCAUUAGCACUUAAGCGAAAAGUUGUUUACUCGUUCCGUCUUCCGAGUGCCUACUCUCUGAUGGCAUACAUCAUUGAUGCGUUUGCCGGGACUCAGUGUUUACAGAGCAGCACUUUAUGGCUGCGUCGCUCAGACACAUGUUUCCAAGUGUGCAACAGAACUUACCUAUGUCGCAGCUUGCCCCUGUUAGAUCUACCGGGUUCUUUUAGCUUAGUACAGAGAGUACCUGCAUUUUUCCUCAAAAUGCUCGCCUGACGCGUAGCUUUGCGUUAACGUGGUUUGAUUUUGAAAUCAGUUGCUCCUCGCUUCCUUUCUUUUCCUUGCUCUUGAUAUAUAGCGGAGUGUGUGCGCUAGACCUUUCCAUUUCCACAAAAGAUCAAGCGUUCCUCCAUCUGAUUCGAGAUGCCACCGCAUGCAUUGCUCGAUCAGUUCCCUUGGUUAAGCGACCACCUCACCAGAUCAUUAGACAAAUAAGGAUACUUGCUGAUAGCAAACAUGCAUGUAAUAACGAUCAGCGGUGUGUAGAAAGGGCUUAGGUAUAAGUUAGGAACCAGUCAUGCCAAUAUGGACGUCUUUGCAACCUAUUGUUUUGCAUUGAUUUUUUUCGUGAAGAAAUGACAGCGGGAUACAAUUUAUGCACGUUCUGUUCCCAUAAAUACUAUCCGCGCACACUAGUGUCUUUAGCGGCAGCGUCCACGCAUGCGCGUUGUAUUAUCAGGAUCGGCCGCUCUGGUGCCGUUGAUGGGCGAGAAACUUGGCGCGCUGACCAAGCUAACUGCGAUGAAAAAUCCGCGGGGUAUUUGCACGUUCAUGGACGCAUGCACUUCUGCCACGAAGUUGCGCGUACGUACUCUCCGAAGGCCGGUCGGAAUCAUUUCAACCCGAGUGGUCUCCGUCCUCCACAGCGGCCGAGGCUGCGCAAACUGAAUUUUUCCUCCUGGCGUUAAGUUAGCUUGUCCGAAAACACCGUAUGCUUACCUUUACGUUGCGCGAGCUUCUAGCAUCUAAUUCUGGCUAUCGAAGGCCGGUACCUUAAAGGGGCCGCAUCGUUCGCCGAGGUUUGUUCAUUGGCCACUAAACAAACAGCGCCGCGCUUCCCACGGAGCGCGAGCAGCCCGCAGGCCUGAUUAGUGGCUGACAAAACACGCCUGGCGCUGUCCUCGUGCCGUCGGUUGAUGUCGAGAGCCUUGCGCCAGCCAGCUCAAAGGAGUGCAUCAGAUGCUACGUGCUCUCUAGAAGGUCUUGUGCACAGCGCUCAUGCCUCACGGAUGUAUUUUUUUGUCUGUCUGCCAGCAGCUGUACAGACAGCACGUUCUCUCAGUACAUUCUUUUUUCUGAGAUUGUGAAAGAGAAAUGUAUUGGGCAGCCUAUGUGGCUGCGGGUGCCUAAGAAUUGCGGUGUGUGUAAAGAAUGUGUGAGUCCAGAUCGUCUGACGUGCUGUGUUCGGGUCACUAAGUCUUUCGGGUCACGCCACCCUGUUGCUGUGCGUAUUUCUGUCGCGUUACGUGUGCUGGUCACCAUUUUUUAGCAUCCUACCUUUGUCACUGGGAAGUUCUACACCACUGCGGCUUUACAAGACGAGUUGAGAGCGCCGUCUGUCGUCUGAUGUCAUCAUGGCUCAUAAAAAAAAACUCCGCAUACUUAAAGAGACGUGGGAGUCAGCUCGUUCAAUCUUAAUGUAAUGUGUUGGCAACAGAACCGCGCAUUAUGUGGUUCUGUUUUAUUUUCUUGUGUGUCUCAAGGCUCGUAAUAAAGAACUACCGGAACAAAAUGUGCGCACAUGAAGUCAUGUGGUUUUAUUCAAGUUUUCUUUUUCCUUCCCGGUGUUUUCUUUCCUUGUGUCAUAUAAAUUUCAACUGCUGUUGAAUAAAAAACAAGACAGCGUA